CUUCCGGCGGCGCUCCCGGGCGGGGCCUGGGCCGGGGCGCGCCCGCCAUGCGCUACAACGAGCGCGAGCUGCUGUCCCUGGCCCGGCAGCCCGCGGAGAAAGCGGCCGAGAUCCGCAUGAGCGUCCCCAAGAAGGGCAGCGUGCUGAAGAAGCGCCUGGUGAAGCUCGUGGUGAAUUUUCUCUUCUAUUUCCGCACUGAUGAGGCCGAGCCCAUUGGAGCUCUGCUGCUGGAGCACUGCAAGAUCACCAAAGAGGAGGAGAACAUCUUCUCCAUCAGUUUCAUCGAGGAGCCAGAGAGGAAAUACUGCUUUGAGUGUGCCACGGAGGAGCAGUGCCAGGAGUGGGUCGAGGCACUCAGGAGAGCCAGCUACGAGUUCCUGAGGAGGAGCCUGAUCUUCUACCGGAACGAGAUCCAGAAGAUGACAGGGAAGGACCCCCUGGAGCAGUAUGGCAUCUCUGAGGAAGCUCGUUUCCAGCUGGGAGCACACAGGCAGUGACCCCCCUCACCUGGCUGCAGCUGCCUCCUGGCUCCACCCCAGCCCUGCAAGGACAGCAGCUCCCACAGUGACCAUGGGACUUCUUUAUUUAUUACCCAAAUCGUUUUGUAUUUCUUUUUUUAAGGGACUUUGUUGCACAUUCCCAGUUCCCCAGCUGGGGAAGCUGAGCUGCUCUGUGG